CCUAUUUUUUAACCUUUUCUGUCGAAUGAGGGCUUCUCCUCUCUUUCUCUGACCAAACCGCUACUGUAUUUGAAAGCUGCAGAGAGAGAGAGAGAGAGAGAGAGAGAGAGAGUAGAAAUCUAGGGUUUCAGAUCGCGAGAAAUUUCGGAAAUUGAACUUGCAAGAAGAUUUCAAGCGCCAAAUCCAUGGAAAUCCUCGCAUAUCUCGAUCGAUUCGCUACUCAUUUGAAGUAUUUCGCCUUCAAGCCCUACCUCUAGUCUUUUAUUUCGAAGAAUCCAUAUUUUUGGCUGAUAGAUUUAGCUAUGAUGAUGGAUUCUGAAAAUGGAGUUGCUUCGGAGAAUGAAAAUGGUGUUCCUGAGAAAGCCACUUUGGUAGAUGGUUCAAGCCUGAAUAUUGGAAAAGAGAAUGAGAAUGUUGACAACGGCAUAGACUCCAUUCAAGUGAAUGGUGUUCCGGAAGAUUCAUCAAAUGUUGACGGUGUUGAUUCUAUUUCUGCUGGAGCAGAGGAUGUUGCCUCCUCUGCGACCGUUUCUGAUAGUAAAAGUUCGAAUGUUUUGAAGAAACCUGUAGCCGAACGGGUCGAUCGUUCAAAGAAUGAUAAAAAGAUGCCAAAGAGUGAAGCAGUUCGGAAAGGUCCAACGAUGAUUCCUCGGAACCAGAGGCCGAGCCUUUCUCAGAGUCUUUCCUUCCCAUCAAGAGGAAUUCUUACGAGCGGUUUGAAGAAAAGCAUUGAUGAGAAGCAGAUGAAAUCCGAUACGAAACGUGCCCAUGUCAAUGGCACGGAUGCAGCGUCGGUGGUCUCCAACGGCUCGCUUACUUCAACGUCCCGUUCAAAUAUUUCCAACAGGCGAGUUUCUGCCGGAUUGAGUUCUAUGGAUGCAAAGAUGGGUGGUCUAUCUGCCAGGCGAACUACUUUGGCAUCAAUGCCUGGUACUCGACGGUCUCUGUCUGUGAAGUCUGGCUCAUUAAAUGCAACUGUCAAUGGCUCAUCCUCCGAAGCCUCACAGUCAUGUGAUCCAAAUCCAAAACCAUCAAGACAAGGAUUGCAAAUCAAAGAUGAUGAAGAUGCCCACUCAACUACCUCAAGCACCACCCGAAGGAGCAGUGGUUCUGGUUUUGCUUUCAGGUUGGAUGAGCGUGCUGAAAAAAGGAAAGAGUUCUUCUCAAAGCUAGAAGAGAAGAUUCAUGCAAAGGAAGUGGAGAAAACUAACCUGCAGGCAAAAGCAAAGCAAGCAGAAAUCAAGCAGCUGAGAAAGUGCUUGACCUUUAAAGCUACACCAAUGCCAACCUUUUAUCAGGAACCCCCUCCUCCUAAGGUUGAAUUGAAAAAGAUACCAACAACACGCCCAAAAUCACCGAAGCUUGGGCGACACAAACCAUCCCUAGUGGCAGCAGCAGACAACUCUCCCAAAGUUGGUGGAUCUUGCAGGAGUUCACAGUCAAGCAUGGACCUGAAUAAAUCAAAUGGAGGCGGCCCACCAAAUGGGAAUGGCGAUUCCACAGCUUCAAAGAAGCCAGUUAGGAGGUCCCUCUCUAAGCUACCAUCUCAGAAAUCGAUGGCCACAAAGACAGAACCAAAGCCUCUUGGCUCGAAGCAGAAGACCAGUGUCCCAGAAACCAAAAAUGAGAAAGCCCUUAUUGAAGAGAAUGAAAGCAAGUCCGUGGAAGAUGCUGUGCCGGUAAAUGGAGCUACAACCGAACCAGAUUUGAUUCAGAAAGCCAUUCAGGAUGACGGGAAUGUUGUUAAUGUAUUGGAGAAUGCCAUUGAGGAUGACGGUAAGAUGGUUAGCUUAUCGGAUCCGGUUUCUAUGUCGGAGGAAGUCUCAGUGGUAGGUUGAAAGUGCAAGUCUCCGUUUUUGUGUAUGCUUAUUUGUCCGGAUUGCAAGAUCGACGUGUUGUUGUGAAUAGUAUGGGGUGUGCAUCUGCUUGCUGCAGCUUGGAAGAUUUAAAUUUGCAUUCGUGCGGAGGUGAAUAUAAGUCUACUUUCAUUUCUAA